UGUAUACCCAGGACCAGAGGUGGCCCAAAAGAGUCCUCGCUUUUGCUACCUACGACAUUCUGCUUGUAGCCUUGAACUUAACGCUUUGGGCGUGGGUGCUUUUGUGCGGUUUGUUUUGAGGCGAAAUGGAUCUUAAAGGGAAUGUAGCGCUGGUAACAGGCGGAGCCACUGGGUUAGGUCGGGCAAUUUGUGAAGAACUGUUGAAACGCGGAGCUUGUAUCUCUAUAUGUGAUCUCGACUCCGAUGCAGGAGAGAAUGCCUGUGACGAGCUUGGUAAAGCAUUUGGUAAAGAAAAAGUCCUAUUUUGUCACUGCGAUGUUACCGAUUACGUCCAAUAUGAAGAUGCAUUCCAAACCACCCUAGCCGAAUUCGAUAACAUCGAUAUUGUCAUUAAUAAUGCUGAAAUUAUGAAUGAUAAGUUUUGGGAAUUGGAAGUUGACGUUAAUUUGAAUGGGGCCAUACGUGGUACGCUAUUGGCCCUACAAUUUCUUGGAAAGGAUAAAGGCGGAAAGGGAGGAAUGCUUAUAAAUAUCGGUUCGGCAGCAAGUGUGAAGCCGCAAAUUUCAACACCAAUUUAUACCGCAACAAAACACGCUAUUCUUGGGUUAUCUAAGGCAUGUGGGGAUUCCUAUCACUUUAACCAUACUGGAGUGAAAGUGUUAGCUAUAUGCGUAGGACAUUUGGAUACCGGUGCGUCUUCACAUAGCAAUCGAUUCACUUCUUCGGUCCAUGAGAAAGCAUGGCAGCUGGAUAUGAAAGGGAUUAUCCCACAAAAGACCGAUCACGUUGCAAAGGGAAUAAUUUCAGUGCUCAAAGAGGCCAAUACCGGAUCGAUAUGGUUAAUAUCUAAUGGAAAAGCGCCAAAAGAAAUACCGUACUCCGUGGCAACCGUGUAAAAUGAUGAGGAAAGUGAAUCUUUAUCAAAAUAGCAAUACGUUGAACUGAUUUUUUACAAGUUCUACUAUAAUUUUAGACCUUUACUACGGGAAAAUUUCACUAGAUUCUACUGUUAAAUUAGGAUGGAUAGUUUAUUUUGAUUCUGUUAUAUAAUUUAUUUUCGAAUGCUAUAUUUUUCAUAUCUGUGCAACUCAUAUAAUAAUCGUGCAAUUUCCGGGAAAUACUUGCAUUUAAUUUCAUAAGAUAGGUUCAGUAGAAUGUAUUCGUCUAGUAAUAGGAGGUGAACACCAAAAUACAUUAAUAACUAAACGAAAUUAUGCUAGAAUUUAUACAGUAAACCUUUUUACCAUAGUGCAAGUAAUUUUUGAACAUUUUACCUAUACCUACUUUAUCUCAUCAACAAAUCAUAGAACAUACGAACAUACAAAGCAUUUGCUCUCAACUGUAACGGCUAUAAGAAUCUUGCGAACUCCUGACAAAGGAGUGAAACAACGGAAGCAAAUACAACUGAAGCAUCUUAAAUGCUGUACUCCCCCAAUUUCAAAGGUCCAUAGUACAACAAAACGUACAUAAUGUAUUUAUAACGUCAUGAAUACUAUAUUAUUAAUAUACUAUAUAUUGUUAGCUUGUUCGUCCUUGUAGUGGUAAUAUUAGCAUGUAACUAUUUUAUAGAUACUUUCGUCGUACUUUCUUGUUUUUUUAUUGACCAUUUUACCUUUGCAAAUGUUGAAUAUGCCGUUUUUUGUAUAUUUUUUUAAGCCUUAUGUAUUUUUAUACCAUCUAAUCUAAAAUAAGUCAAACUUAUUUAGAUAAACGUAGUAACAAGAUAUUAUUCGAUAAUACAUACCAAAGUUCAUACAGAAAUGCAUUUUAAAGGUCUAUACUGAAAUAAAAAAUGAUGCUUGUAAUAUA